AUGUGCGUGUGGGUGUGCAAUUUCUCUUGUUGUCUUCUUCCUCUCAUCUUUGUUCUGCGCAAGCGACCGCUCCAGCCACAACGAAGACAUCCCCCCACAAUGUCCUCCCGUCAGGGCGGCAAGCAGAAGCCUCUCAAGGCUCCCAAGAAGGAGCGCCUGGAUGACGACGAGGCGGACAUUGCUUUUAAACAAAGGAUGCGUGAACAGCAGAGGGCCGAGAAGGAGGCCAUCGCUAAGCUUAAGGGCGGCAAGAAGUAA